UAAAAAUUAAAAAUUUUAUACUUACAAAGUCAGUCCAGGUACAUUUUCACUUUUUUUCAUCUCAAUGGACUCGAGAGGCGUCGCUAAACACCGUCGUUCGCCGUCGUCGGACCGCUUUCUCGACGUGUUUUCUCCGCCAAAGCAGUCAUCUGACGUCAUCUCCGGCGUCGGCGGUGAGCUGAAUGAGGAUGAUGUUUUCUGGACCGGCGAUUUCUCGCAGGCGAAUCAUCAGCGGUCUGUUUCCGGUGAUCUGGACCGGAAAGUUCAGAGGCGUCAGGCGUUCGGUGAACCGGAACGGAACGGGAUACUAGCGGCAUUAUCGGAGAACCGGAAGCCUAACCGUCCGGUUUUGUACCGGAAGCCGUCGAUUGCGUCGAGUUCGAGGGUGAUUCCGGCGAUUCCGAAGCCGCCGCAGGAGCGAGACUACUCGCAGUCAAUGCCGGCGAGGAAGUUUCAGCAGUCGGCGCCGGUGAAUGUUCCGAUGAUGCAGAUGAAGGCGAGGAAUGAGCUUGCUGACGUUGACAUUGAUUUGGAUGCGGAGGAGGAGAUGUUGCCGCCGCAUGAGCUCGUCGCGAGAGGAUCGGGGAAUGCGCCUGCAACGACGUCGUCUGUGCUUGAAGGCGUAGGGAGAACACUCAAAGGGAGAGAUCUCAGGCUUGUUCGUAAUGCUGUGUGGCGCCAAACAGGUUUUCUCGACUGAAGUGAAGUGAAUUCUGCUCUGUUUUUGUUUCGACUCAGUACUACUUUCGUGAGCUCUUGACAGUCUCGAAUAUAUAUUAGCAGUAUAUUGUACUAAGGUGUAAUGGAAAGUUGCAAACUCCUGUGGUGGAAGUUUUAGAAUUGUGUAUUAAGUAGCAAAAAUCCUGUUGAUGUCGAUGGUCUAGUAUAUCGAUAUUUUCCCCAAUCACAUGCUUCGAUAACAUUUUAUAAUCGAACAUUUUCUCACUUGCAUGGUAAAGAUUGUUAUGGUCUUGAA